CCCGUCCAAGUUGACCUUUGCCCUGGCCGACAGUAAUGAGCUCUUUGCGGGAAGGAACCCAACGCAUGGGUGGUAACAACCUCAUCAAAACCCUUGCAGACCGAUUCGAACAAAGAACUUAGGGAAAAGGAUGCCGAUGCCGAUGCCGAUGCCGAUGGCGGUGGCAUCGGCAGUUUCUUCCCCUGCUCUGUACAACGAUCAUCCGAACAAUCUCGGCCGUUCUCAUCAGCAGGAAGCGGCCGCGGUGUCGUUCUUCUGUCCUCCCAAAUUGAGCUUCCUCAAGACAGGAACGCAAUAUUCUGUUUGCCGACGUGCCCCUCGCAACGUGAAUGGGUGGAAGAGGCGGGUAUGGAUCCGUACGGAACUGACGAGCAACGGUCCAAGCUUUGCUGACAGAGGCAAAGACCUCCAUGAAAUCCCACGAAGUCGCCCUCUUAUGGCGGCUUCGCCUGCGGUGGUGUCCACUGUCGCGUUCCCCCCCAAAAGGUCUAAGAAGAGCGUUUGCCUCUUCUUCUGCGAGGAGAUGAGGGAGCUGGCCGAGCGCGUAGCGUUGGCGAGCGACUCCAUUGAGCUUCGUAGCAUCACUUGGAGGGUAUUUGAGGAUGGUUUCCCUAACCUAUUCAUCUCUCAUGCUCAAGGCAUUCGUGGACAACAUGUAGCUUUUUUGGCUUCAUUUAGUUCUCCUGCUGUAAUUUUUGAGCAGCUAUCCGUGAUCUAUGCAUUGCCAAGGUUGUUUAUCUCCUCAUUUACGCUUGUUCUUCCUUUUUUCCCAACUGGAUCUUAUGAACGAAUGGAAGAUGAAGGGGAUGUUGCAACAGCUUUCACACUUGCUAGAAUUUUAUCAAACAUACCAAUUUCAAGAGGUGGACCGACUAGUUUAGUCAUCUUUGACAUUCAUGCUUUGCAGGAGAGAUUCUACUUUGGAGAUUCUAUUCUCCCAUGUUUUGAGAGUGGGGUACCUCUGUUAAUGAAUAGGCUUCAACAACUUCCAGAUUCGGACAGAAUAUCUAUUGCUUUUCCAGAUGAUGGCGCAUGGAAGCGAUUCCAUAAGCAACUUCGACAUUUUCCAAUGAUUAUUUGCAACAAAGUCAGAGAAGGUGAUCAACGAAUUGUACGACUAAAAGAAGGAGAUCCUAGAGGCCGACAUGUUGUGAUAGUUGAUGACUUGGUGCAAUCAGGUGGCACACUGAUUGAAUGCCAGGUCUGGAAGAAAGUGUUAGCAGCUCAUGGGGCCGAGAGAAUCAGUGCCUACGUGACCCAUGGUAUCUUCCCUAACAGGUCAUGGGAGCGAUUUGAACACGACAAUGGAGCUGGUCCAAAUAAUGGAUUGAGCUACUUUUGGAUUACUGACUCGUGCCCACUUACAGUAAGAGAAGUAAAGAACAGAGCUCCCUUCGAAGUUCUUAGCCUUUCUGCUCAAAUUGCUUCUGCUCUUCAGAUAUAGAUUCGCAUGGCACAAUUUUGGCGCUGUUAAUUAAUCGUUGGGCUUAUGAUUGUUGUUUAUGAUAAUAUCCAGUACUGAAUAAUCUAUCCUUUCGGUGUUUUUUUGUUGUAACAAAUAAAAUUUCUUUUAAUAAUUUGAAAAAAAUUAAAUCU